AUGUUCUCGUUAUUUCAUCGCCGUACAGCAUCAGCGUCUCGGUCCGACUCGAGUACAAAGGAAAAUUCGAACAAUGCAGCGACUAAUUCCAAAUCUAAUGCUGAAAAUCAGGGUAUAAUUACACCCACUCCAUCUGGAAGUAGCUGCAGUUUUAAACGUCGAACAUUGUCAGGUGUUUCACUAGCAUCUUCGUCAUCUUCGUUAACAACAUCACCUUUGCUUAACAUAACUCGUCAACAAGAAAAACACGAACUACAAACACUAAACGAUCGUUUAGCGGUGAUUAUCGAUACUGUUCGACGUCUUGAACAAGACAAUGAGAAACUACGAGCGAUUGUGAAGUCAAAUGCUCAAUCGUUCGAAUCUGAAACAUCGAAAGUGAAAGCAUUGUAUGAGAGUGAACUAGAUGAUGCUAAGAAACUAAUUGAAGAAUUAGCGCAUGAAAAAUCACGCUUAGAAAUUGAACUCGAGAAGUACCGUUGUGAAAAUACGGACUUACAAACAAAAUUUUCACGCGUGGAGCGUGAUGCCCGUGGAUAUGAAUCUCGUUUUAAGCAAUAUGAAAACGAGAUAGCUGAAUUGAGAGCACGUUGUGAAGCGAUUUCAUUUGAUGUCAAGCGCAAAAUUGAAGAUAAUGAAUCUCUUCAAAAUCUCAACAACGAUUUUGAAAAGCAGGUAUCAGCACUGAAACGUCAACUGGAAUCAGAAACGCUAUUGCGUGUUGAUCUUGAAAAUAAGAAUAAGACUCUACGCGAACAAUUAGAAUUCAAUCAGCAAGUGCAUGAUACUCAUUUACAACAAAUCAAAGAACAACAAACAUAUGAACUUGUGCAUAAUGAUAGUAUUCGUCAACAAUAUGACGAUAAACUUUUGCAAGAACUGCAACAAUUACGUACACAGAAUGAACAAGAGAUGAUUCUCUUGCGAGAAGAAAUCGCAUCGCAAUAUGAAAAGAAAAUUGAUGAUUUAUACAAUACGAAUCGCCGUCAUCUUGAGCAAAUUAACAACUAUCGUGCUGAUUUAGUAUCCUAUCGUGAACGAAUUGAAGAAUCGACGAAAGCUCGCGAUGUUUGUAAUGAGAAAAUGUUGCAAUUAGAACAACGCUGUCGUGAUCUGGAGGAUCGUGCUUAUCGUGCUCAGCAACAACAGCAUGAUUCGAUUAUGGAGCGCGAUGAUGAAAUUCAAAAUCUCAAACAAAUCAUUGAUCAAAUGCAGAUCGACUAUCAGAAUCUUCUCGAUACGAAAAUUGGUCUCGAUCGAGAAAUUGCUACUUAUAGAAAACUACUCGACUCCGAAGAAGAACGAUUGAAUAUUAGUAGUCGAGUAGGAUCUGUCUCAGUCAUGAAUGGUGCUGCUGCAACACCAACAAUCAAUGAAGAUUGUAUUGCAGUGGCAACACCGAGUUCAACACAACGACAACGCCUCAAACGCCCACGUCUUGCUGUUGACGACGAUGAUGAUGUUAUUGCUACGAAUGGAAAUGGACACUGA